UGGAGAUGGCUUGAAGUAAGGGGAAACACGAGGAAUUUGGAAAAUUUUGCAGGGUAAAAAUAAAAUAAAUCAAAGAGAAAAAUGAUAAAUAUGGACUUGUCUCGAAUAGCCACAUGUUUCAAAUAAACUUUCUCGAUUCUUCUCGUCUCCGUUCUGGCCCAAUUUCACAGUAACACCCCCCAUAAAGCCAAAAAAAAUCUCAGCUUUUUCUCGCCAAAGGGAGCACCAGCGUCUCUUACACUUACCCUUUUCACAUAGACACUUCUUCUAGCUUGCCCUAUUCUGAUACACCCAAACGCAGAGAAGAUAGAGAUUUUUUAAAACCCAUCUUUUUCUAAUCAAUACAAACACUCCUAAACACACCCCAACUGAAAAGUGGAAGGCUUGCGUCCAAUUUCUUCUUCAGCAUCAUCGCUUUUUUCGAAUUCUUCGUGGGUUUCGUACAAUGUCAGGGUCCGGUGGGGUUUCGAUCGCCCGAGCCCGCGGUGAGAACCGAUUCUAUGUUUCUCCAGCGAUGCGAAAGCAGCAGCAGCUACAACAACAGCAGCAGCAGCAGAAGCAGAGGCAGGGAUCCUUGAUUUCCAAGAAUUGUGCGGUGGAGAUGGAAAAGAGAAUGGAUUCCGAUCAAUGUGGCUCGAUGUCUUCGUCGUCGACGGCGUCAAAUUGUUAUUGUUCGAUUUCGGGCCGGGUUGAGGGCGAGUGUAAUUCCACGAAUUUAGAUCGGUUCUUGGAGUACUCUACUCCUGUGGUUCCUGCCCAGUAUUUGCCAAAGACAAGCAUUAGGCGAUGGAGAACCAGUGAAGCAGAGCAUCACCCAUACUUUAUGCUAGGUGAUCUAUGGGAAUCUUUUAAAGAGUGGAGUGCCUAUGGUGCGGGUGUUCCCCUUCUGUUAAAUGGAAGUGAAACUGUUAUGCAGUAUUAUGUUCCCUAUUUGUCUGGCAUUCAGCUGUAUAUAGAUCCAUCAAGACCCUCUCCAGUCCUAAGGAGGCCUGGUGAGGAAAGUGAUGCCGAGUCCUCCAGGGAAACCAGUAGUGAUGGUAGCAGUGAAUAUGGAGCAGAUAGAGGAGUAAACAAUGUUCUCCAGUGGAAUUGGACCCAGCAAAAUGUUGUAGAUGCAAAUAUUAAAAGUUUGAAUAGACUCUCACUAAGAAAUAAACCUUUCAGAGGCUCAUCAAGUGAUGAAUGUGAGAUUUCCAAUCCCUCAGGUCAGCUUGUUUUUGAAUACAUGGAGCAUGCUUCACCAUUUACUCGUCAACCAUUGGCUGAUAAGAUCUCAGUUCUUGCCUUGCAGUUUCCAGAACUCGAGACUUACAGGAGUUGUGAUCUGUCACCUUCAAGUUGGCUGUCUGUUGCUUGGUAUCCCAUAUAUAGGAUCCCAAUGGGUCCCACACUACAGAAUCUGGAUGCCUGCUUUUUAACCUUUCAUUCUUUAUCAACACCCUUUCAAAGUCAGUACACUGAUGAGUUGCCCCUCUAUAGUGUUAGGGAGGUUCCCUGUGCUGAUAUGUCAUUCAAGCUACCUUUGCCUACAUUUGGUCUGGCUUCCUAUAAGUUUAAAGUUUCAUUUUGGAACCCAAAUGGAGUUUAUGAAUGUCAAAAGGUGAAUUCCCUGUUACGGGCUGCUGACAACUGGCUUAGGCUUUUGCAAGUGAAUCAUCCUGAUUUUGUUUUCUUUAUCACCCACAACUCAAGCUGGAGAUGACUGGGGAGUUCUUGUAGUGAGCUAUAAAUCUGAAAACGAAGGGAUGCAUGUUGGAAGCUUUAAUCCUGAAAGAGAAACCUUAUUCUCAUUAUUGUCCUUGUUUUAUACCCAUAGGGAGCAGUAUCCGAUCAGGAUUGCCAGCCUAGAUGGAAGUUUGGCAAUGAACCUUGUCACUGUACUGAAAGCACCAAGAUUAGUGUCGGCUUUAGUGUGAGGCAUUACAUAUUCAGAGAUAUUUGAAGAGGGUUUGUGAUGAUAGUCAUUAUGGUGUUUUGAUCUUAUUGACAGUUUUACUGGCCUGAGAUGGAGAACCUACGUUUUAUACAACGUUUUAAUAAGGUUGUCAGAUAAUGAUGAAAAAAUUAGUGACCUUUGUGUAAAUAUUUGUUUUGUCGUAGCCACUGGUAUAUGUACGCAGCAUGCUUGUACUAAUAGUUCCAAAUUACUAUGACACGAUAUUGUUUACUUGUCAUGCUUAUUUGUAAAUCUUUACGUUGAAUACUUCUAAGUCUCGAGUUUGCUA